CACGCCCUUCCAAGCCCCAAUCUCCAUCGUUCCCGUUCCAUUCUCCUUUCCGAUUUUCAUCUUUUUCUUCCCACUUCCAAUUUGCAACGUUAUCUUCUCCUUACCUAGUGCAUCUUCUUCCCUUUCCUUUAUAAUGGAUUCUGAAUCUGUGCAAAUUUCAAGUUUGUCUUCUCAUUCUAGGAGGAGAAGGAUUCAAUGCUAUUGUGGAUUUGAUUCUCCACUUUCAACAUCAUGGACAUCUCAAAAUCCAGGUCGGAGGUUCUAUGGCUGUGGGUUAUAUAAGUUACAUGGAAAGAAAGGGUGUUCCUUUUUUGAUUGGUAUGAUGAGCAGAUACCGGACCGCUCACAAGAAGUGAUUAACUCUCUAUUGAAGAAGGUUAAUGAGUUGAAGAAGAAGGAUGGUUUAAUAAAGAAGAGUGAUGAUGACCUAAAGAAGAAGAUCAAGUUGUUGAUUGUUUUGCUGAUUCUGUCCUGGGUUUUGAUCAUUAUGUUGCUGACAAAAUCAUUUGCUUGAGUAUUGUUUUAAUUAUGUAGUAGUAUUGUUGUAAGGUUUGUCUUAAAUUAGUGUAUUAACUUUGUAUUAGUAUUGUGGUUACUUUGUG